AUCACCAUAUCCAACAAUGAGUACUCUUGCGGCAGCACCGUCAACGACCCCUUCCCGGCCCCAACUCCCCGCCACUUUCGCCGAGGAGCUCAGGGCGAAAUGCGUACAGGAGCAGAGAAAGAUUGAGCAAGCGCGGCCAGCACCGGAACCAGCAGGCGAGAUUUCACAAGCCGACAUAGCCUCGUUUUCCGAGCAUCUCAGGUCGUCCAAGCGCAUACUGGCGCUCUGCGGGGCCGGGAUGUCGGCUGCGUCUGGCAUACCGACAUUCCGUGGAAGCGGUAGAUUCUGGCGCGAGUAUGGUGGAGAAAUUUCGAGUAUGAAACUCUUCUCUCAAAACCCGUCACUGGUGUGGCAAAAUUUCAAUUAUCGGCGCCACCGUGCGUUGAAGGCGGAGCCGAAUGCAGCGCAUUUUGCGCUGGCGGAGCUGGCGAGCAAGAAGGCGGACUUCUUCACCAUCAUGCAGAACAUUGACGGUCUGUCUGAGCGUGCGAACCAUCCAGCCACCAAUUUGCAACACUUCCACGGCUCUCUUUUCGACGUCAAAUGCACAAACGCCGCGUGCGACUACACCGAAACGGGCAACAUGACGGAUCCAAUCGUGCCGGCCUUGGCGCAGCCGGAGGAAGGGGACCUCGCGGAUCCCAAAACCCCGAUGCGAGAAGUCGCGCCGGAAGAUCUCCCACAUUGCCCAGAGUGCUCGUCGCUUCUCCGUCCCGGUGUUGUCAUGUUUGGCGAGUUUAUCCCGCAGUCGUCCUUCGAACGGGUUGAUGAGUGGGCCACCAACGGGCAGAUAGAUCUCAUGCUUGUUAUUGGGACGAGUUCGACUGUGUGGCCUGCUGCGGGAUACAUUCAAACGGCGAGGACAUUGGGCGCUAGGAUCGCUGUGUUCAAUAUCGAGAGGCCUAAUGAGGAUGUGCCGAACCAGAGGUUGCGGGAACAGGAUUGGUUCUUCCAGGGCGAUGCGGCGGAGACGGUCCCCAAGGUGAUGAAGGAGGCCAUCAGCGGUCUCUGAGACACGUAUAGCUCGGUAGAUACCUAGAGAUGUGAAUUAGUUCUCGG